AUGAACAACGGUGGCAAUGGUCCGCAAAACCGAGAAAUUCUAGGAGAUUUCUCCUCUCAAAAUCCUCAAACAUUUUUCUGGAUUCGUGGAUCAACUGUGAUAUAUUCACAAAAACCGCAAAGGUGGACAAGAAAUGGAGGAUUGACCACACCUUUGCUCCAUAUGCUCCAUAUAAAAAUCGCAUCCUUCCAUAACAAUGUUGUCAAAAUCAUAUGUAAUCAGGACGAAGGAUUUCAACUAGAUGCUUGA